AUGGGAACAACAAAAAAUGAUAUGGAGCGUGUUGGCCUGUUCAAGGAAAUGGAAUAUGUUAGCAUUAAAGAUCCAUAUAAAGAAUCUGCUAAAUUCGCUUUUAAUGAAGCCGCAAACAAGAAUAAACAAAUGAUGAGUAAAAGCUCGAAAGAACGAUCGACAGGAUCUAUGGCUGGAUAUUUUGAUAAAGAUUAUAAAAUUUUACCCGCUUCAUAUGUCGAUCCUGUAUCAUUACGACGUAAAGCUCGUCUUGAAGAAAAGAAGAAAAAUAUUGUUACAAAACCAUUUGUUAGCAUGUAUCGAGCCAGAAGUCCAGAAGGAUUAGGUUCAUUUUUUGGAACGAUAGGUGGCCCUGUAAAGGAUACGGACCCAACAAAAUCUAAAUAUCGUGAGAAAACGAAACCACCAUCUGAAAAAUCAAACUUCAAAGUUAAUCCACCCAAAAAAGGAACCGGCUUUGGUUAUCCAAACUUAGGUAUUGAUAAAGAUCCUCCAUAUAUAUACAAAGAUAAAGUAGAUAAAUAUGAUUCACCAAUAGAAGCUCAACAAAAAGAAAGUGCGCAACAUAAGGCAUCAUUGAAAGCCGGUGUAUUUAAAUUGAAUAUGCAUCCGAAAGACUUUUUUGAUCGUAAUCCAUUUCACGAAGAGGGUAAAGGUGGAAAAGGUGGUAACGGAGAUAAAGAACGUUCGCAAUCGGCACCAAGCGAUAACAAAGUAUUUAAAUAUAGUUCACCUGGCAAAUGGCUUGGUGGAAAUAAAGAUGGUUGUUUCGAUAAAUUUCCUAAACGUAGCGAAAAAGAUCCAUUCGUCAUUGGAACAAUCUAUUCUCCAGUUAAAAAUGUAGUUAAUAAACAAGGAAAAACCUAUUAUCCAAAUAGAUUUCCUAAAACACGUCCAAAUGAUUCAAUCAUAAGUAAAAAUGUUACUCUACAAAUUACUCGAGAAAAUUACAAACAAGCGUUAACAAGUUAUUCCGGAUUUAAAGUGCCACCACCCCGAUUGAAUGCUUCCGCUAAUUAG